UCUUUUAAAAAGUGAGAAGUUGUGAGUAUUAGAAGAAUGCGACUAUUCAUAUUGAAGGGUUGUGACUAUUCAAAUAUACUUUAAAAAAUCUAUAAAUAGUCUCUCCCAUGCAUUUUUCAAAUCAAAUUUUCACUAAUCUACUAAUAAUAAAAUGGUGAAAAAAAUAAUGUCAAAGUUGUAAUUUUUCAUCUAAACAAGGUGUCUUUUCAUCUCAAAGUGGGAUUGCUUUAAAAAAUAUUGGUUUUAUUUAGGUAAUGUGUUAGUUUAUAUAAUAAGUGUUGGUAUUUUAUAAGAACUCUCCCAAAAAUUAAAAAAAAGUAUUAUAAAUGAGACGGGUCGUAUUAACGUAAAUCAACUUAUUACAAUAUUCAAUUUUCUGAAUAUUCAUUUUCAAUAAAUAAAACAGGUAGAUAAAAAUACAAAAUAACAAUUACCAACAUAUAAAUUAUAAUUGUUUAAAAUUAUAAACUAAUAAUUUUAAUAUUAUGUUUUAAAUAGGAAAAAAAAUUAUAUAUCAUGCAAAAAAAAAAUUGCAUUUUGUUCAAAAAGUGGUUGAAGAUAACUAUCAUGUGAAAAAUGUAUGAAAAAACUUAAAAAGGAUGAAGACACAAUUGUAUGCAAUAUGUGUUUUGAUAAAAAAAUUAAAGGGAACAUUAAGGUUUAUAAAAUGUAUAUAUAUAUAUAUAUAUAUUUGAAUACUUUGUAAAUCAUAUUUUAAUCAUCAAAAUUAAAUUUAAUCAUUUAUAUGAUUUAAUUUUUUUAUCAGGCAUAUAAAAUUAUAAAUUAUAGAUUAUAAUAUGUUAUUUAUAAAAUGAGUUCCCGUGCGAUAUCGCAUGGGCUCUUUGCCUAGUAGUAGUAGAAACAAGCAAGACAAUAAUAGAAAUAUAAAUAGGUUGUAAAUUUUCUUGUCACCCGGCCACUUGCAAUUAAAUCAUAAAAAGAUCUUUACAUGAUUAAUAUAAACAGUAAUAUGUAAAACGUUUCAAGAGGUUGUAAAUAGAAACAAGCAAGACUUUUUUUUUUUUGAACAAGAAACAAGCAAGACAAUAAUAGAAAUAUAAAUGGGUUGUAAAUUUUCUUGCCACCCACUUGCAAUUAAAUCAUAAAAAGAUCUUUACAUGAUUAAUAUAAACAUUAAUGUAUUGCAUUAUUGGGAGUCUGAAGAUUAAAGAGUGGCACUAUAUAAAGAUUUAGCUCCUAAUCGUUUAAAGCAAAGCAGUUUUUAAAUCCCAAGGGGAGAGAGAGUGAUUGAUCGGAGAUGCCGAAGCUAGUUGAGAAAACGGGAAGCCGACCACCGUGGGUUGGGUUGGCAGCCGCCAUAUGGGUUCAGAUGGCGGCGGGAACCGCUUCAACUUUCCCGCUUUACUCCGCCGCUCUCAAAUCGGUUUUAGGGUUCAACCAGCAACAGGUCACCAUCCUGGGCGUCGCUGGUGAACUGGGAGGGAACAUGGGUCUGCUUCCAGGAUACGCAAGUAACAUGCUUGCUCCAUGGGCGAUGCUUCUCAUCGGUAUCUCUUCUUGUUUCCUCGGUUACGGUGUUCUCUGGCUCUCCCUCAGCCAAAUCGUUCACGACUUGCCUUUCUGGCUGCUGUUCAUAGCUCUCGUUAUAGCCACCAAUAGCUGCUCAUGGUUCAUGACAACAUCUUUAGUGACCAAUAUGAGGAACUUUCCUAUGAGCCGAGGCCCAUUGGCGGGACUUCUCAAAGCCUUAAUUGGGAUCAGUGGUGCAGCAUACACUGUCUUGUUCAGCAUGUUGCUUCACCACUCUGCUUCGAACCUGCUUCUGUUUCUUACCGUUGGUAUUCCGGUUUUGUGUUUAGCUUCCAUGUAUUUCAUCCGUCCCUGUGUUCCUGCCACCGGUGAAGACCCUUCCGAGCCCGUGUAUUUUGCUUUUCUGCUGGGAACAAGCAUCCUUCUCGCUGCUUAUCUUGUUGUGACGACUGUAGUUAGUGAGGUGUAUUCACUGCCAAGCGUGCUUAGAUACGUUCUUGUGGCUGUCAUGGUCUUAUUCUUGUUCUCGCCUCUAGCGAUUCCCAUCAAGAUGACACUGUUCCCUUCAAAUGUCAAGAGCUCUUCAGACAAUCUAGCUAAAGAGGAAGGUGAGUCACCACAGGAGGAACCACUCCUGAUAUCUUCUACCUCGGAGUCAAACCUCGGGUCUCUCUUAAAAGGGGAUGAUGUUUCGGAUAUGGACAUACUUUUGGCUGAAGGGGAAAGUGGGAUACUUAAGAAUAAGAGAAAGCCUAGGAGAGGUGAGGAUUUCAAGGUUGGCCAAGUCUUCGUCAAGGCGGAUUUUUGGCUGCUUUGGUUUGCUUAUUUACUCGGUAUGGGCUCAGGCGUUACGGUCUCAAACAACUUGGCACAGAUCGGAUUUGCUUAUGGUAUCAAGGAUACUACAGUACUCGUCUGCAUCUUUAGCUUCUUCAACUUCACAGGCCGUCUCGCUUCAGGUGCCUUAUCUGAGCACUUUGUCAAGUCAAGAAUGCUUCCAAGAACACUAUGGAUGGGAGCUUCGCAGCUGGUUAUGGUGUUCACAUUCCUCCUCUUUGCCAUGGCCAUCGACCACACCAUUUACGUGGCGACUGCUCUUGCCGGGAUAGGCAUGGGGUUUCAGCUUUUGUCAAUCGCCACCAUCUCGGAGCUAUUUGGUCUUAGGCAUUUUGGGAUCAACUUCAACGUCAUACUCUUGGCUAACCCGAUCGGUGCCAGCCUUUUCUCGGCCCUUCUUGCCGGAUACAUCUACGACAAGGAAGCGGAGAAGCAAGGGAAUCCUACCUGCAUUGGUCCGGAUUGCUUCAGAGUAACGUUCUUGGUUCUAGCCGGAGUUUGUGGCCUUGGAACUCUGCUUACUGUUAUAUUGACAGUGAGAAUUCGCCCUGUCUAUCAAGCUCUAUAUGCGUCUGGUUCAUUCAAGUUGCAGCCGCAAUCAGCUGGUCAUUGAUACUUCCAAAGAAAGUGAGAGAGAGAGACGAAAGAUGAUACCAAAGAAAUAAAAUGAUAUAUCUACUUUGCAUUGUAUUGUAUCGUGCAGCAUAUUUUUUGGGUGGGUGGGUGGGUAUAUUCUAAGAUUUGUUAAUUUUCUUUUAUUCAUCUGUAAACUACUGUUCAACCGGCUAAAAACUGGUUGGAAGAACAUUUUGUAACGGCUUCAUGAUCGUGUUGUGAUGUUGUUUGUAUCAGUGUUGUUUAUCGCCA